UCAACUGUUUCAAACUGAAAUCAUAGAUAUCUAUGGGUUUAAAAUGUCCAUAAUAAUAAACGUUUUUUGCUACCUCGGGAUUCUCAUGAAAAUAAUGUAAAAUUCGUUUCUUUCAUGAGUGCGACGAGCAGUUCGAGUUCUGUAAAAAAUUUCAGUGAAACGAAUUCAGAGAGUGAGGUUAGAAAAUGUGUAGUGAAGAAGUGACCAAACUACCCCCGGAAAAUCUUUUGUGGAAUUAAUACAGUAACCUAAAUCAAGGUGAUUUGACUGAAAACUUCGAGGACACAUAAUUUCGGAAAAUUCGCAUCGUGAUGAAGAGAUAGCUUGAUCUAUCUAUCUACAAUUAUAGCAACCUAGCGAGGGUCAGCUAUAAAACAUCUGCUAGUUAAAAAAACUGAAACGACAAAGAGGUAAUCAACCCUUCAAAGUUCCUCGUAUACACUAACCUACACACAUCUCACUCGGCUUUGAAUCACUCAACCGACAAGAAGCCAAUUUACAUCAAGCUGAGACUGAAGUGCAAUAUCUACAUCACGCAGAAAUAGUACAAACUCUUUUAAAAGCAAGGAACUAGCCGUUUACGAGACGGCAAUUUUUGAAAUCUUCGUCACAUAAACUGUCAAAAUUUUCACGACGGAGGAACAAAACAUACUUAGCAACUUAAAAGUAGAACAUGAGAAUCUUGUAGCAAAGUGGCUACAAAAUUCUUUCAAAAUACAAGAAAACACCGCCCUGGACUUAAGGGCGACACCUUUGACACCGCUUCAAAUACCAAUGGCGGAAGUUAAUAAUAGACCAGUUUUCAAAAUGAACAAUGAUUUUUGGAACCAGGCGAGAGGUCCUCCCCAGAAUAUGCCUCAGAACCUUUCCAACUCCAAUCAGAAUUCACCUGUGCCAGGAUCAACGAACUCUAUUCCGGCUCAUUCUCCAAGCCAACAGAGCAACAGUAGCCAAAUUCACGUGGUGACUCCUGGAGCGCUUGCACUUCAGCAGGCCAAUCAGCAGAACAAUCAACAACAAGGGCAAAACAGUCAGCAAGCCCAUGUCCAGCAGCAGCAGCAAAAUGCCACUCAGCAACAAAACCAGCAGCAGCAAAGCCAACAGCAGCAACAAACCCAACAGCAGCAAAUGGCCCAGCAGCAAAUGAACCAGCAGCAAGCGCAGAACAAUGGUCAGAAUCAACCUCAACAGCCACCCCAGCAAUCACCUCAUAUGGGGAGUCCGAAUCCGCAUGCUCAGGCUGCUCAUGCGCAUGCCCUCGCGCAAGUAGCUCAGCAACAGCAGAUGGUCAACAUGCAUCAGCAGCUGAGUAGCGGUCAAAAUUCACCUGAUAAGCUGAUGACAGAGAAAAUUGUCAAUGAGUUACAGCCGGGCGUGGCACUGGAAGAUCAAACUCAAAAGCCCUCUCAGAAAACUGAGUCGGCAAAUACAGAGGAAACAGAAGUCCCGCCACCUGACUCAAUGGAAGUAGGCGACGAAGAACUAGUAACAGACGCCCCGAAAAACAACCGAGCAGAAAUGCGCAAAAAAGUGGAUAAGCCUCCACCUAAAACCAUCCGAGCAAAAGAAAAGUGA